AUGCCAUUGGUUUUGUUUGUUGGGACAAACAACCAUCGAGGUAGUAUUAUUUUCGGUGCUGCCCUUAUUUCGGAUGAGACUAAGGAGACAUACACUUGGUUGCUUUGUACAUUUUUGGAGUCGAUGAAUGGGAAGAUGCCAAAGGCAGUACUCACAGGCAGUGACGAGACCAUGCGUAAGGCAAUUGAAACUAUGAUGCCAGAAGCAAGGCACCGUUUAUGUAUUUGGCACAUAGGUAAAAAUACCUUUACCCACUUAAAGUCUGAGGAAAAGUUGAAGGCUUUUAACAGAUGCGUGAGGAAGUAUCAGACGGUUGAGCAAUUUGAAAGGUUGUGGCAGGAAAUGAUUGACGAACUUGAUCUCCAUGAUGAUAUUUGGAUCAGGAAUAUGUAUGAAAAGAGAGACAAGUUUUGUCAAGCAUUCUUUGGUGACAUAUUUAUGGCCAGAAUGAGAAGGACACAAAGGUGUGAGGGCAUGAAUAAAGAAUUCAAUAAGAGGGUUCUUGGUAAAGGGAAAUCCCUUGUGGAGCUUGUUGCGUUGGUGUACAGAUUGCUUAUGAAACUGAGACACAAUCAAGAAAGGGAUGAAUUCAUCAAUAUGAAUUCCUUUCCUGGUGCCGUAACUCACUUGGUAGAUUUGGAGAUACAAGCCUCUUCUAUAUUCACACACAAUGUGUUUAAGUGGAUUGUAAGAGAGAUCAAGAAAGAGAGCUUUAUUACACUAAAGCAAGGAGCCGAAUGUCAUGAAGAUGGUAGUCGUGUGUACAAGGUAUCAGUUUACAAACGGCCUGGAUUUGACCACAUUGUUGUUUACCACCCUGAGAAAGAGACUGACAGUGCAGAAGACCCGAUUAUGGUGUGUUCUUGCAGAAUGUUUUAG